AUGGACGAAGCAUACAAUCAAUGGAUCCCAAAUUUCAAGUGCGCCAAGAAGGAGGUGCAACUGCUAAUAGAUGAGGUUCUUACUUGUCAAAUGCUUGCCGAUAUAUUCAGCGAUACUAGUAGUCUGUUAGAAAGCCGAGUUAUGCAGCUGGCUUACGAGAAGAAGCUGGAUAAACUAUUACAGUCUCAAACGAUUUCAGCUCGAGAGCAAAUUGAUCACAUAAUGAAAAGGCUGAAGCCGCUCCUUGAUGGGGACAAUGACAGUCGAUUGAAUCAGUGCAUCGCAAAGGUCUGGUGGCAUUUCACAAAAGACGAGACGCAAGUCGCACUCGUUAUCUUGGGCAGUGUGAAAUCCAGCCUUACACUACUCUCCAGUCUUUUGACCCUAGACUCCCUCGUGAAGAUAUUAAAAUCACCAACUGCGAGAAAGGAGUCCCAAUCUCUUCUUUUGCGAAUGUGA